UCGAGGGCGGCUGUAGUCGUGACGUGCUGCUCUAUAUUCUCACGCUUUUCAAACUUCACCACCAAAGACUACAGGAAUGACGAGUAGUGUCGUCUCGAUAUUCUCCGCGAUGGGUUGUGUGAAGAAAUACUUGCGGAUUGAAACGUUGUUUUUGAUUUUCUUUCCCCUUUGUUCUGCGUCGAAUCCAAGGUUCAUUUUUAGACCCAGAGGAAGUGAAUAUCGGGCAAUUAAUUCCAAGCCUGGAGGGUGUCAUUUUGGGAUUCAACAUAAGGUUAUCGACGAAAGCUGGCACCCGGAUGUAGCCCCUUUCGGAGUUUUGUAUUGCAUGAUAUGCACAUGCAGCAGGAUUUCAAACAACUCCGAAAAAGGGAAGGUGACAUGCCGGAAUAUUCGAAACCGCUGUCCAACUACGUCGUGUGCUCGGCCGAAGGUAGAAGAGGGGCAGUGCUGUCCAUCGUGCCCAGACGAGUUCAUCUCAUUGCUGAAGGCACCGGCAUCCUCAGUUUCCCGCCAAAAUGGCGUGGGACGUGCACACUUCACUCUGGUGCGAAACGCACUUCACAUUUCAAUACGUUAUGAAGGGUCCCGGAAGCUUCGCAUGGUUUCGUUUAAAGAUUCUAAAGGAUCACCACUUAAGGAAAUAAACAUUCCAAAAAGAUCUAUUAAUGGAUCCCAGGUAUGUCUUUUUUGGAAUCAACUGAGUAAAAAGGCCAUUGAAUCCUUCAAACAAGGACAAGUCAGCGUAGAAUUGAAGCUCAAGCGACAACAAAACGCAGUUGGACUCACUGGAGACAUUAUUAAGUACGAAUCGUACUCGCAAGAGAGCUUUGAAGCACUGCUGUCAUCUGGCGACGAGACAUCCAAUGCAUUGGCUUCCUUCAACUUGGCCAAAAGUGGAAAAAUUCUUAGAAUAAAACUCCGCUAUGAUGGAUUGCACAACUUAGGCCCGGAAACACAGUUCACGAUCAAGUUGACCAGAAAUCCUACCAAUAACAGAGGGGCUCGUGAUGUGAAAGUAAUCGGGUCAUCUCAAGUGAAGCGAGAGAAUUCCGGUUUAAAAGCAGCUUGGCAGAAUCCUCCUGAGCAUGCGCUGAAGUGGAUGUCGCGUGGUUAUCUAAAUAUCACGAUGAUAUUGAACACUGGGGACCGAAAAACGAAACUAACCGGUCAAAUAAGCAUUAAAAGAACUUGCAACACCAUUGUCUCCCAGCUCUCUGGUCGAGAAGCUCCUAGGCCCACGAUGACAGGCGCCAGCGGUUAUGCCUCCUUUGAUUUUUUCCAGAAUGGUCAAAUACGCUAUCAGAUUUUGCUAUCGGGAAUGCUAAAUAAUGUCACAGAAAUCAAUCUUCAAGCGACAAAUCGAAAACAAAGAGUGAAAAGACUCUCACGCUCAGUAAACUUCGAUGAACAUGGACGAAUUAAGUUGACAGGGUUGUGGCAGAGGCCGUCACUUCAAGAAAUUUACUGGCUAUUUAGUGGCAAUAUGUUCAUCAAUGUUAGCACCAUUGUGAGCAGGAGAGGAGAAAUCUAUGGACAGCUUAAACAAUUUCCCUUCAGAGGGCACCAUUUGUCUUACCACGAUCCACCGACUCUGUUAUCUGGUAACGAAGUUGUCCCCAGGAUUCAGACUGGCGCCGCGGGGCAGGCCUGGUUUUCUCUUGAUAAGAGCUGUGCGCUGCACUAUCACCUGAUCAUCAGUGGCAUGGACCGCGGGCGCAAGAACACGAGGACUGCAGAACUCUUAGGCUUUGCCGAUUAUGGCGAGGUUCCCCAGUCGUAUGACGAACACGUGCACUUCUUACGGUCGUUUGAAGGAGAAACGAUCUCUGGAUCUGCGCGCAACAUCGAACCAGAAUUCCUUGGUAACCUCAUUCGCGGACUCGUUUACGUGCAAGUGAGAAGUGAAGAAGUCCCGCAAGGAGAGCUGCGGAGCCAGGUCUUCUUAAACGAGGACAGCUGUAGUAAGAGAUUUCCUCAUAGAGGGCGGAUCGAAAUGCCUGGCUCCUGCCACUUUGGUGACAAAAUGUAUUCAGAUGGGGAAAAGUGGGUCUCUGAAGAUGAUAAGUGUACUUCGUGUACUUGUGAGGACAGCGAAAUUGUUUGUGCCCCUCUUAAGUGUCAGCGGUUAAACUGCACAGAGGCACCUAUCAUGUUACCCCAUUCAUGCUGCCCGGUUUGUCCAGCUAUCGAAGAAAAAGUCGUGAGAUACUACGAAAAGAGGCAACGACCUUCCUUGAAAGGAUGCUAUGUAAAAAGAGACAGAAAAGUCUAUCCAGCCGGCGCUGUGUGGUAUCCCUAUGUACAGCCAUUUGGUUACAUGAGAUGUCACGCCUGUACAUGCCUGAAAAAAUCAGAACAAAUAUCAUGCACACAAGUGAAAUGUCCAGAACUUCGAUGUAAAAAUCCAAUCAAACUGCGCAUGACUGACUGCUGUAUGCGAUGCCCUGAUGAUGAGGAUUCACAAUCACAUGGAGGCAAAAAAGUGAGAAAAGGCUGUACCUUUGGUGGAAGUAAUUAUAAUCACGGACAAACAUGGAAGCCAUAUUUCCCAAUAUUUGGCUCUUCGAGAUGCAUAACGUGUAGGUGUCAGAACGGACAAACGCACUGUUCACGAGAUCCAUGCCCGAAAGGACAGUGUAGAAGUUCACUCCUGAUUGGCGCAACGACGAGUUGUUGCGUGGCGUGUUCAGAAUCGUAAGACUGACCAUCGGUGUUAAAUAGUUCGCCUCAAGGGAUGUUCCUGGAGUGAACCAUGAAGUCUCAAGUCUUUUAAAAUGAUCGGACAUACUUCAACACUGAAUGUAAUUAACCUUUGAUCAGACGAAAAAUGAGCGACAAGAAAGCCAGUGAUUAAAUUGACUUCCAUUGGACGAUGGCGCGAACACUACGGCCAUGAGAGCGGAUCAAAUAACUUCAAAAUAAUUUCUGACUAUACUUUUACCGUGAAAGGAAAAAAAAAGAGAUCUCAAGCUUAGUUGGUGAUUUUGAAUAUUCCCCUUACUAUGAACUCGGGAAUUUUUUCAGCAACUUUCUCCUCCUUUGGCGAGUAAUUAUUAGACAGGGAGGCCUUAGUUUAAAUUUGGCACUCGCGAAGCUUAUCCCUUAAUUUCUGAACAAGGUAAUUUAUCCCUCAACGAUUCCAUCGUGAUGAAUUUGAUCUAUUAAAGACUCAGGAUUCUACCAUAAUCCUUUCACACCAAAAUGUACUUUACGUUGUAACAUAGCCUUUAGCGUUAUACCGCGCUUCAAGAUUGAGCCAUGUAACACCUAAACAAAAGUAAUCAACCAGUGAGAGCGAUGGAAAAACUCAGCUUAAGAAAGUUUCCAUUGGUUUUUACCUUGCAUCUGAUUAGUUGAGAUAGUGGGCGCGAGUUUUCUUGACCAUCCAUAGAGUAUGGUCGGGCAAUACCAAAAGGGAUUGCUAUAAACACUCAAUUGCUCUACGGUCAUAACAGUUAGACCUAAUAGGUAUGAUUAAUUUCAUCGCCUCUUUACUAGAUAAUGUAUUUACUUUGUGUGGAAAAGUUGUGUAUUAAUCUCAUCUGGAAGUUUGGGGGUAGAAAUUUAACUCAUUUGGCUAGUAAUUAUUAGUGAAGCCCAAAGAUUUGCCCUCAAUUAUUAGUGAAGCCCAAAGAUUUGCCCUCAAUGCAGGCUGUACAAGUGGGUUACUUAGAUGUUCAACCUCAUCUCGACAUCGAUGUAAAUUGCAAGCCUCAGACCUCUUUUCCCAUAGAUUCUCCCCCACUUUACUUCCCUGGAUGGGUUCUCCAGCCCCUUCCUGCCAAAAUAUGAGAUGUUUUUAAUUAAUUGUUAGAUGACUGAUGAUCUUUUAUUUAUUGAAAUCCAGUUGGACACAUCCAAUGAUUAAUCACUAUGAAUGAAUGAUUAUAGGUGCUAAAAUAAUUAUUGAUAGUGACACAGAUUACUUAACAGUUUUUGAAGUUUUCCAGAGAUGUUCUUGUUAAUAUAUUUUGCUUUGUAGAUGGCCAUGACAAUGUGAGACAACAUUAAAACAUGUUAUAACUUUCACAUACCACUGACUGCAAGUUUCAUCUCAAAAGAUCAAAUGAAGGGAAAAAAAAAGUUUUUUUGUAAAGUCUUGAAAGCAGGCCCCCUCCAUGGCUGACUUCCUCAACCUUUGGUUGAGAAAAACAAAUAUAAAAGGCAAAGAGGGGCCUGGUUUCCGUGGUUACAGCUUUUGAUUUCCAUGAGGAUUGCAACUUGUAGUAGAAAAUGAAAAUUUAAGUUAUAUGUUGUAUAAUAAAGGAAGCUCACGAUGUAUCAAUAAAAUAUUCAUAAGUUGAAAUUUUGUGGCAAUUUGAUCCUCUCCCUUGAACAAGAAAGUUCACAUUCUCAAUAUAUUCUAACCAUGUACUCAACUCAAAGUUCUCACAAAACAGUUACAACAUUUUCAUUCUACUGAGCAUUGCACUAACACAUCACUCAUUCAUAGCCUCUUUAUGGAAACCCAAAAAAAACAAACAAACAAACAAAAAAACAACCCAAAAUUUCCCGUUUCUUCAAUCUGUAGCUUUAAUUAGCUAAUGAUUAGGAGGGUGGAGCCAGCCAGUCUUGUAAACCAUUAUCAUUAUCAAGUAUAAAAAAAAAAACUUUUCAAAAGGAAUUUAAUGGCUUGAAAAGUUUGCAAA